ACACCUGCUGAACUUUCCUCCACCACUACACCUGCUGAACUUUCCUUUUCUACUACACCUGCUGACAUUUCUUCCACCAAUACACCUACUGCUGACAUUUCUUCCACCAAUACACCUGCAGAACUUUCCUCCACCACUACACCUCCAGAAAUUUCCUCCACCAAUACACCUCCAGAACUU